AUGCUCCAGGAGAAGGCCUCAGCUGUGACGGAUGACAGUGUGACUGGGGUCCAGCCUGGAGGGCCCCCAGACCUCAGCCCUGACUCCGCUCACCUGGGCCUGCCUACAACUCCCAGCAUCCCCCAGGGCAAUGAGCCAGACCAGAAUAUUGAGAACAUCAAGGUUCUUCUUCAUGAGAGGGAGCUGUGGAAGAAGUUCCAUGAGGCGGGAACAGAGAUGAUCAUAACGAAAGCAGGCAGGAGGAUGUUCCCCAGCUACAAGGUGAAAGUGACGGGUAUGAACCCCAAAACCAAGUACAUCCUCCUCACAGACAUCGUCCCUGCCGACGACCAUCGCUACAAGUUCUGCGACAACAAGUGGAUGGUGGCAGGCAAGGCGGAGCCAGCCAUGCCAGGGAGGCUCUAUGUCCAUCCAGACUCCCCGGCAACAGGAGCCCACUGGAUGAGGCAGAUGGUGUCCUUCCAGAAGCUAAAGCUCACCAACAACCACCUGGACCCCUUUGGGCAUAUCAUCCUGAACUCGAUGCACAAGUACCAGCCUCGGCUCCACAUCGUCAAGGCCGACGAGAACAACGCCUUUGGGUCUAAGAACACAGCCUACUGCACUCACGUGUUUCACGAGACAGCCUUCAUCUCCGUCACCUCCUACCAGAACCAUAAGAUAACUCAGCUAAAGAUCGAGAACAAUCCAUUUGCUAAGGGUUUCCGUGGCAGCGACGAAGGGGACCUGCGUGUCUCCAGACUCCAGGGAAAAGACUACCCAGUGAUUUCUAAGAACAUGGUUCGCCAGAGGCUCCUAUCCUCACACGGUCACCUGACGGGGAAACUGGGAGCUGGGGUACACCUGUCGGGGCACCCCCAGGUCCUGUCCCACUACCAGUAUGAGGGUGGGGUGCCUCUGGGGAACUCAGACCACCAGGAACACAUCUCCAAUUCCUUCCCUCCCAGCCGAGAGCCCAGCCUGCUCUACCACUGCUUUAAACACAGAGAUAACACCAGGCACUUGGAACUGGGUUGUAAACGGCCGUAUCUGGACACGGCUCCUCCACCAGUCUCAGAGGAACACUACUUCCGUUCUCCUCCCUCCUAUGAGCCUCCACUGUUGUCCCACCCCUACUGCGGUGAGGCCAUAAGCUCCAGGGAGGCCUGUAUGUAUGGAGGGAUGGAAGGAGAGAACGGCCACGGGGCUGUGGGUGCUGACGACCUGGUUCCCCCCUCUCUGAACUGCAACGUAUGGGCGUCGGUGCAGCCUUACCCCCGGUACAGUGUGCAGACAGUGGAGGCCGUCCCCUACCAGCCCUUCACUGCUCACUUCACCAGUACUGCCACCGCCACCUCCGUGGUGCCCCACCACACCCCCUCCGGUCCCUCACGCCCCCAGCCCGACAUAGGAGUCUACAGUCCAGCCACGGCACAGCGAGGCCUGGCCGUCAUCCCCUCGUCAUCCUCCGCCUCGUCUUCUUCUCCACCGGUUCCUGGUUCCAGGGAUAGUAGGCCGCUGGUCUAUCCCCCUAUGUACCACAGGAAGCCUGGGCCUGGGUCUCCUCUCCUGCCUCACAGGGAGUUCUUCCCAACACAGAGCGCCCCCCCAUCUAUCCGGGACCCGUCCUACCAGUACCAGAUGGGGCAGAGCAGUGUAGGGGCCCACUGGAAUGAUAGCUAGGGCUAUGGGGUGCUGUGUGGAUCCUGAGGCAGCAGCGAUGU